AUGAUCAUACUAAUCUGUGCUAUUUUUGUAAUCAUUCAAUAGAUUAGUUGUGCGUGGGUGAGAAUAAGUUCAUAUCUAACAACAAUCAAGCAAUUUAGUAACACAGAUACUGAUGGAUUCAUAAGUCAAUUUGGUAAUCCAAAUAUACCUGCUAAUUAUAUGACUUGCUCAGCAGAAGGGAGCUAUAUAACUUUAAAUGCUUAAUCACAAUCAGCAACAUAUAUGAACAGUUUAUCAGCAAAUUCCUAAUCAAUGUAUUUUAUCACAUACGAUCUCAUAUUUUUUAACUUGUGGAAUAAUACGGAUUUUGUAUUGUACAGUAUUGGCUCCAAUUUGAAAUUAAUAACUUAUGAUGAGAUCGAAAAAGUAAGUGUUUCUAAAGGAUUCUGCAAUAAUUAAGUUGCAAUCAUUUAAUCUAUCAAUACUACAAUAAAUUCUACUUAUAUUUCUGGUUACCAUAAAUUUGAGAUCAACUCUCUAAGCGCAAGUGUCUCAAUGAAAAAUUUAGUCGUAUCUGCCCUCUAGUGUCAUGGAACUUGCAGAUUAUGUUUCGGAAGCAAAUUUAACUAGUGUACUCAUUGUUUUGUUUAUGGUACUCUUACAUCUGAGAAUGCAUGUACAUACUCAUGCCCAAGCACAGCUAUGUAUUUUGUGAAAAAUUAGGGUUGCAGGCCUACAUGCCAGAUUAGUUAAUAAAAGUAUGUGAAAGGAGUUUGCGAACCUUAUUCAAGUAUUGAUUAUUAUAAUUAGUUUCCACCUUUCUUAGUCUUUAUAUUUCAUAUUAUAAAUCUACAGAGUAAUUUAAAUGGCAAAUUAUUUAUGAUUUUCAGUAAUUAAAUACAGCAUUACCAGAAAAUAGACAAUACGAUGGUUAUUAUAUUUAUGGAUUGUUUAUAAAUAAACAAGGGCUAUAUAGAGUUCUAACAUUGCCGACAAAUUCAGGAUCAUUCAUGAUAGCGUUUACUCUUGAUCUAGUGCUCUUUAAUAAAAUGCCACCUUUAAGUAGUAUUCAAUUUUUAAUAAAUGAUACUUACUAUGGUUAACUAUAUACCGAUGAUUAAGGUAAUUUGAAAGCGGACAAAUUAUUCAGAUAUUAUACUGAAACCAAAUAAAAUACAGUGUUUAAUGGUAUUUCUUAUACUGAUAAUCUGUAUAAUAUUUUAUAUUUCUAUGCCAAUAUAUCAAAUACUGUCAUUAUAAAAAUCAUAGGGAACUAUUCGUAAAUUUAUUUUAUAUUGUAGAGAUCCAAAUGCUGGUUGGGGAUUAAGAAGUUUUUAUGUUUAUUCUGGGUAUUGCCCAAUCAAUUGCUUGAAAUGUGAAGAAAAAUUUAAAUGCGCUUAGUGCUAAGGUGGAUAUUUGAAAUCGAAAUGGGGGACAUGUAGUUUAUGUUUAGGUUCUUAUUAAUAAAAAAUUAAUACCACCCAUUGUUAGGAAGACGAUGAUCAAACAAAUUGUAAAUCUCAUCGUUAUAUUAGAUUCUAAAUACAUUAUUAAAGAAUUCAUAGGUCUAGAAUUAGAUCUAGAAGCAUAUCCAGAAUAUACCCUUUUAAGUGCUGGUGGCCAAAACUUUCUUAAGGGAUCAGGAAUUUAUUAUUCAAUUUGGAAAUCCCAAUACAGAAUAUUUGGAGGUCCUUUUAUUUGGGCAUAGGCAAAGUUUUAAAGAAUUGUUGCAAUAGAAGAUCCUCAUCAUGCUAUAACUAUUUCUUUUUUUGUGAUUUUCGGGCCUAAUUUCCCUGAAGAUGGAUCAUUUAUUUUUAGUUUAGAUGGAAUUCCUUAAACAAUAUUGACAUCGAGUAAUUCAGCAGAAAUAGCGAUCAAACAUAAAUAAAACCAUUCAUAAAAUAGCAUAAUAGUUUAGUUUGAGUGCUCAGGCAUAAAUAAUGAACCUAUCGAUGGUUUUUGUGGGUUUUAUUAGUUUUAUGUUACAGUUCAUUAAUGCAAACCUAAGUGCAGCUCUUGUUCAAAUGAUUCAAAUUGCUCAGAUUCAACUUAUACAGAAUCGAUAACUCAAUGCUAAGAUAACUAAUACUUUGAUUAAUAUCAGGAUAAAUGUUAGAGUUGCCCCACAACCUGUAUGACUUGCACCUCUUUUUAAAAUUGUUUAACUUGUGUUGCAACCUUCUAAAAUCCAGUUUAAGGCUGUAUUUGUGCUUCUAAUUAAUAUCUGGAAUCUAACUAAUGUAAUGAUUGUCCUUAGAAUUGUAAUCAAUGCAUUAGUUCUUUAUAAUGUACAGAAUGUAUUCCAAACUUGUUUAGAAUAUUAGUGAAUAAUUAAUGUGUUUGCUAGGAUAGUUAUUUUGAAUAUAAUUAAGAAUAAACAUGCAAAAAAUGUGUAGAGAAUUGUCUAAAAUGUAAGUUAUUAAAUGAAUGUGAGAUUUGUUUAGUUGGAUAUUAGUUAAGUGGUAAUAAUACUUGUGCUUAAAAUCCGAAUACAUAUUUUGUGGAAACACUUUAAAAAUAUUUGGAUUGCCCAUCUUCAUCAACAUGUAAUCCAUGCUAAGGAAUAACUGUGUCAUGUGAAUGUAGUGAUAAGAUAAUUACAGAGGGCGAAUAUUGUGAUGAUGGAAAUUCAAUUUAAUAUGAUGGAUGCUUUGAAUGUAAAUUCUAGUGUUAACCAUAAUGCAGUAAAUGUAUUGAUGGAAUCUGUUAUGAAUGUGCUACAUUGGGUUGGUAUUUAGAUGUUUCUUAGUCAACUUAUUAAUGCAAAGAAGUUUGUUGGGAUGGACUAAUCGUUGGAAACGAAAAAUGUGAUGAUGCUAUAACUACAUCCAAUUGCAGAGAUUGUAAAUACUAUUGUAGAACUGAUUGCGUAGAAUGUGAUUAUUAGAAUGGUAAAUGCAUUAGAUGUAGAGAGGGUCUAAUUCCUGAAAACAAUUAUUGCAAAAAUAUUUGUGGAGACGGCAUUGUUGUAUCAGCUAUUGAUAUUUCUUUUAAUGAAGAGUGUGAUGAUGGUAAUCUAUCUGAUUAUGAUGGAUGCAGUAAAAUAUGUUAAUAUUAAUGCUAGAAUAUAUCAAUUUGUGAUGAUUGUCAAAAUAAUAAAUGUUUCCAUUGUAUUAAUAAAUAUAAACUGAAUAAUAAUUUGCAUAGAUGCGAAUGCGAUCAAUACUGCCAAUCAUGUGACUUCAUUAAUGGGCAAGGAUGUCUAUUAUGUAAUCCUGGUUUUAUAUUAAUUGAUCGUGAAUGUGUAGCAAUUUGUGGAGACUCAUUAGUAACACCUGUUGAAGAAUGCGAUGACGGAAAUCUCACUUUUGGAGAUGGAUGCCAUUAAUGCUACUUUACUUGUGAAAAUCAAUGCUUAACAUGUACAAUGGGAUAUUGUCAUGUAUGCGUUAUUGGUUAUCAAAAUAUUAAAGGGAGAUGUGAAAAACUAUAUAUUUAACCGCUUUAUGCUGUUUCACCGAAAAAUGAUAUUUAUUCCAAUAGCCUGUCAUAAUCAUUUUAUUAAGACUAUUAGUACACUAAUUAUCUAAACCAAAUAAGUUUAGAGGCUUUAGAUAAUAUAUCUCUAUAGUAAAUACAACAAAAUGAAAUUGUGUAUUUUACUUAUUUAUUUGUAAAUCUUAUAUAAUCUUCAAACUAAUAAAUCUUUUUUGAAGCUGACCUAUCAAUAAUUAAUUAUUAAAGAAAUUAGGAAAGUAUAAUGUAUAGCAAUUGUUUCAUGCUAGAUAUUAAAUGUAGGAAUCACUGUCUUGAAUUUACUAAAUAAGAUGGGUUAAAAUUAAAACAUUUAGAAAAUUGUUAAAUUGAAAAAUUCAUAGCAAUCGAAUAUUUGGAGGAUAGUUUUUAAUUAUGCAACGGAAAUGGUUUCGAAUGUUUAUAGAAAUGUCCAAUCUAUUGUUAAAUUUGUUCUCAAGGUGCAUGCCUUUCUUGUAAUGCUGGUUAUAAUUUGGAUAUAAUUGGCAACUCUUGUACACCUGUUUGCGGAGAUAACCUUAUUACUGUUGAAGAAUACUGUGAUGACGGUAAUAAUCUUAGUUAUGAUGGUUGCAGCUUAUGCUAAUUUUAGUGUUAAGAUGAAUGUCUUGAUUGUUAAUAUGGUAAAUGUAAAAAAUGUUAGGAUAAUUUUUUUUUGGAAGUACCAAAGAGUAGAUGUAAUGAUCGGAAAAGUUGUAAUGAAAAAGAUGGAUUAUAUUAUGAUGAUCAAAAUAAUGAAUGUUUAACAAAAUGUGGAGAUUCUAUCAAAGCAGGAACUGAAUAAUGCGAUGAUGGAAACGAAAUACUAUAUGAUGGUUGCUUCUAAUGUUUGAUUUCUUGUGAUAAAUUUUGUGCUGUUUGUUAAUUAAAAGGCUGUGAAUAAUGUUAAACUGGAUACAAGAAAAUUGAUUAAUAAUGCAUUCUUGAUUGUGGAGAUGGUUUAAUCAUAGGUAAUGAAGAGUGUGAUGAUGGCAAUUCUCUAAAGAAUGAUGGAUGCACAAAUUGUAUAAUAGAUCAGGGAUAUAAAUGUUAAACGCUUGAUUAAAAGAGCUUUUGUUUUUAAUGCAAUCCUGAAUGUUCAGAUUGUGAGCUAAAAAAUGAUUAAUUAGUCUGUUUAUAAUGUAGUAAAGGCUACUUUAUUAGUUUUGGUCAAUGUUUAAAAUGUUCUGAACAUUGUUUAGAAUGCGAAUAUAGUCCUAAUAAUUGUACAGAGUGCAUGAUAGAAAAUUGCCAAAAAUGCGAUAAAAAAUUAGGAUAUUAUAAUGAUUUUAGUUAAAAAAAAUGUACUACAAUUUGCGGAGAUGGUAUCAUGGCUGGAACGGAGGCAUGUGAUGAUGGCAAUCAUUUUAAUUAAGAUGGAUGCAAUUAAAGAUGUGAAAUUGAAAAAGGCUUUUAAUGUGCUUUAAACAUUUGUAAUAAAAAAGAAGAAAAAUAAAUUGAAUAUCAUUAUUCUAAUUCGAGCACUGCUAAUAGCAUAUUCUUGAAGAGUGAAAUUAAUUUUGAAGAUUGUUGCACUAGAAUCAAGGUUAAUAUUGAUUAUUUUAAUAAUAGUGAUUUUAAUUAUUCAUUAAAGCCUAUUUAAUUAAAAUCCAAUAAUAAAUCUGAAUUAGAGACUGAAUUUCAUGAAUGUCAAGUUUAAUUUAACUUCUUUAAAACUAUUGGAACGUUUAAUUUAAUUCAUUUAUUAGUUCCCAUUUCUUAAAGUUAGUCAAGGCUUUUAGAGGAGGAUGAUGAUAUCAGAGAAAUCAUUGUCAUCCCAAGAAAAUCGGUUUAUUAUAAUCAGGCUUAGAUAGCUUAAGCAUAGGCAGUUGUUUCUACUUCAAAUUAAUUAUAAUUUUUACUAUAAUUGAUUGGUCCAUUGACAAUUUUAUUUGGAGGACUUAACUUUUUUUGGACAAUUUUAGACUUAUUAACUUGGAUAAACAAUUUUUACUUACUUAAUGUAGAUUAUCCACUCAAUGUGAAAAUGUUCUUUUAACAUUUAUAAUGGGAUGAUAUUUUUAAUAUUCCUGAAUUUAUUUCUUUAAAUUAGCCCACUGACCCUUACUACUUUGAGGCUCCUCCAAAAUUUAAUGAAAAAAAUAUUAAUCCAUUAUUUCUUAAUAAUAUCUAGGUAUUUAGUUGCCUCAUAUUAUUGGCUAUCUUAAUAUACUUCUUAUCUUUAACAGUUAUAAGAGUUUUUGAAAAAUAGAUUCCCAAAACUAAUGCUCCAAGAAAAGGUAUUACUGUCUUCACAGUUUGCUAUGUUGAAUCUAAUAUGUAAACAUAAGAACAAUAACAGCCAAAAUACCCUAUGAACGAGAAGCUUUAAAAGCUUCCAAGCAUAGUAGUUUUAUUAAUUAGAGAAUCAUAUAAGUACAAACUAACAUUUUUAUCUAAAAUCUUUGCAAUAACCAAUUUACUUUUACUAGAUAUUUUUAUGGCCUCCUUGCUGCAAUUAAUCUGUGAGAAAAAAAAAGAUUACUUUAUAGUAACUAUAAAUAAUCUUUUGGCAAUUUUUGGUCUUAUAUUCAUAUUGGGAAUGUACUAGUUGUAUGAAUUCGUUAGUUCAAAGCACUAUUUAUUGUUAAACCACUCAAGCUUUUCUAACAAAUAUUCUUCAAUCUAUGAAGGAAUUGACUAUAAAAAUAAAAUAGCCAAAAAAUACUGUUAUUUUAAUUUGAUUAGAAAAAUCGCUUUCAUAAUUUCAAUAGUAAUUUUCUAUGAGAAACCCGUCCUUUAAACUACAUUUUGUUGUUUAUCUUGCUUUAUUAAUUAAGCAUUUUUACUAUAUUAGAAUCCUUUUGAUUCAAAGAUUUAAUUAAUACAAACAGGAGUCCCUGAUUUUAGUAUUUUUUGUAUAAUCUUGUUGACUGUAUUAAUUUCGGUGGAUGAUUUGACUAAUAUUUUGAGUUUUGAUCAAAAAUACAACAUUGGAUGGGCAAUUAUAUGUUUAAUCAGUUUAUCAAUACUGAUUUAAUUAAUUUUCUUAUUAAUAGAGUUUUAUUAAAAUCUCUUAGCAAAUUUAAGAGGACUAAAGUAACUCUUUUGUAAAUGA